UAUGUGUUAGGUUUUUUAGUAAGUAGAUGUAGGUUAGGCAAUUAUUUGUUUUUGUCUUAGAUAUUUUGUGAAUAUUGAAUUUAUUUAUUUGUGUUUGCUAAAUUAUUGUCAUUUGUAAACUAUGAGGGAAAUAGUUCACAUCCAAGUUGGACGAUGCGGGAAUCAGAUCGGUGGAAAGUUCUGGGAGGUGAUAUCGGACGAGCACGGAAUCGACCCCGAAGGCUGCUACCACGGCGACUCCGAUCUCCAAAUAGAACGCAUCAACGUUUACUACAACGAAGGGUCAAAAUGCAAAUACGUUCCUCGCGCCGUCAUGGUCGACCUAGAACCUGGUACCAUGGACGCUCUCCGAGCAGGCCCUUUUGGCCAACUCUUUCGACCAGACAACAUAGUUUAUUCUUGCUCAGGCGCAGGCAACAACUGGGCUAAAGGACAUUACACAGAAGGCGCAGAUUUGCUUGAAUCGGUCCUCGAUGUUGUGAGGAAGGAGGCUGAAGGUUGCGACUGCUUGCAAGGGUUCCAGCUGGUUCAUUCGUUGGGAGGCGGCACUGGGUCUGGUUUGGGAACGUUGCUGUUGGCCAAUUUAACUGAAGAGUACCCUGACCGUAUCACAGUAUCGUACUCUAUCGUCCCAAGCCCUAAAGUGUCAGAUACAGUAGUAGAACCUUACAACGCAACCCUAUCUAUUAACCAGCUCAUAGAGAACACCAACCAGACGUACUGUAUCGACAACGAAGCGCUCUACGACAUUUGCUUCAGAACCUUGAAGUUAAAAACUCCUACAUACGGAGACCUUAACCAUUUGGUGUCCCUUGCGAUGUCAGGAGUGACCACUUGUUUGCGGUUUCCUGGACAAUUGAAUGCCGAUUUGAGGAAAUUGGCAGUGAAUAUGGUGCCGUUCCCGCGACUGCACUUCUUCAUGCCAGGAUUUGUUCCACUAACAUCGAGGGGCAGUCAGCAGUACCGAGCGCUGACGGUACCAGAGCUGACGCAGCAGAUGUUCGAUGCGAAGAACAUGAUGGCAGCGUGCGAUCCUCGCCACGGCCGCUACUUGACUGUCGCUGCGGUGUUUAGAGGAAGAAUGUCCAUGAAAGAGGUCGACGAGCAAAUGCUGAACAUUCAGAAGAAGAACAAAGACUUCUUCGUGGAGUGGAUACCGAGCAAUGUUAAGACUGCUGUUUGCGAUGUGCCGCCAAGGGGCUUGAAGAUGUCGGCAACAUUUGUUGGUAAUACGACAGCAAUCCAAGAGGUCUUCAAGAGGCUUUCGGAUCAGUUCUCGUCGAUGUUCAGAAGGAAGGCUUUCCUCCAUUGGUACACCGGAGAAGGUAUGGACGAGACUGAUUUUGCUGAAGCUGACAACAAUCUGAACGACUUGAUAGCAGAGUACCAGCAAUACCAAAAUGCGACGGUGGAUGCGCAGGAAUUUGGUGGCGAGGAAAGCGAAGAAAGUGAAGAAUGCGAAUGAAUCACAUUUUUAUUUAUUUUAUUUAAUAUUAUUAUUAUACGUUAUUUGUUUUUUAAACCAAAAA